AUGAAGCCAAAGAAACUAUUCCCAAUCGGGAAGUCAAAGCUUCUUCCUUCUUCCCCUUGCCUCGCCGACUUGGGUGAAGGAUCCGUCUCAACUCUCUAUCAUGCUGCCUACGCCAUCUUCUUGGGGAAAUUCGUGAGCUGCAAUCACUCGUUUUGCGUUCUCGAUGUCGCCUACGAGCGAUUGGAUAUCUCCUCGCUACACAUCGUGUCGUCGAAUGCUGGUGCGCAGAGUACGGCACGCUUCGCUUCUGCGACGGGUGCCUCUGCUGCGAAUAACGGCGUAACCUCGCUUCCUCUGCAAAGCAUCGAACUUGUCGAGUACCCUGUCCCACCUCGCACCAGCGCAACAACCCCACGCAGGUUACCCACCGCAUCUCUGCCCCUCUCCCCUCAGUCACUUCGGCGCACUCAACAACCCGGUUCGGAUUUUUCAGCCUCGCUACAAGCUCGAGCAGAUAGAGGACGUCUCCGCUGGAGUAAAUCGGUCAAGGUCAAAUACUGGAAGGAAGCUGUUCGUCGCCACGCUUAUGAAAAGGACCGCGACGCAGAUUCCACCAUGAAGUUCUCCCACAGCAUUCAGUUCAAUGCUGUCCCUGACUGGAGUGCAUAUUACAUUGCCUAUUCUAAUCUCAAAAAAUUAAUAUAUUCUUUAGAACAACAGGCAAAUCGGGCAAAUGAGCAGGUUACCGAUGUGGAGUCUGCGCCGCUACUGGACAACUCUUCAAACCCGGAUAGAAUAUUUCAGCAGGCCCUAGAUGCAGAAUUGGAGAAAAUAUGCUCAUUCUAUCAUGCCAAAGAAGCAGAAACAUUUGAAGAAGUCAGAGACGUCAUCAAAGAUGUGGAGGACUACUCAGCCCGAGCCGACGAACUCAGUAUGGACGCCAUGAAUGAGACCAUGACGAAAAUGAGGACUAUGAGCGCUGGCUCCAGAUCUGGUCCAUUGGGUGACUUUGAAUUUGACCAGGAAAGACGCCGGAGUACAACGAGUGAACAAGCUGCCGACGACGAUGAGGAUAGCGAUGAUGACCCCCCCCCUUCGCAUCCGUCAAGAACCUAUUCGCAUGGCGCUGGGUCCAGCCACCAUGAUGAAGGCCGGAUGGAGGAUAUGGGAGGCUCAUUUUGGGCCGAUAGUGGGCUAGAUUUCAACGGUCAAGCCAUGGGUCGACGAUCUGAGCAAUUUACUGAUCCAAGAGUAUUGGAUCUAUACAACACCGCUAUCUCCUUGAAGAAGCGAAUCGUCGCGGUUUAUGUCUCCCUGUGUGGUCUUAAAUCCUACAUUCAACUGAACAAGACUGGAUUCUCCAAGGCUCUCAAGAAAUUCGACAAGAUCCUUGAUCGCAGUCUGCGUCGUGAGUACAUGAGCUCUACCGUUUCUUCCGCCUAUCCCUUCACAGACCCCACUAUGACAAAGGUGGAAGGCGAUAUUCAUUUGGUUGAAACUGUGUAUGCCAAUUUGGGGACCAAGGGCGACCUAGCUUUGGCUAGACGGGAACUUCGGUUGCACCUCAGAGAGCAUGUGGUCUGGGAGCGAAACACCGUGUGGAGAGAGAUGAUUGGAAUUGAAAGGAAGGCUCAGGCGGCCAACGUUGGUAUUCGUCGAACUCUGCUGGGAGGAGAUGAGGAUCCUGCAACAGCACGGCGACAAGGUGACGAGCAAGCUCCGCCGGGCAAAGAAUUUCGCACGCCUCUUGGAUCCUUCCAUCCUCCCGAAUGGCUCUUUAGCUUGACCUUUGCCACCCUGGUCAUUAUUCUAGUCGUGUUUGCGGCAUUACUCUCCAUUCCGAUCAUGGAAAACCCCGAGCAGCAAAACUGUCUGGCUAUGCUCGUGUUUGUGAGUUUGUUAUGGGCUACAGAAGUGAUACCGCUUUUCGUCACUUCUCUACUCAUUCCUUUCCUCGUUGUCCUGCUCGGUAUCAUGAAGUCAGAAGAGAAGCCUUACAAGCGCCUAGGCCCUAAGGAAGCCGCCGGUGCCGCUUUUAGUGCCAUGUGGACCCCUGUGAUCAUGCUUCUGCUAGGUGGAUUUACCAUUGCCGCAGCGUUGUCCAAGUACGAUAUUGCUCGUCGAAUGGCCCUGUUUGUCCUGAGCAAAGCUGGCUCCAACCACAGUAUUGUCCUUCUCACCAACAUGUUUGUGAGCAUGUUUCUCAGUAUGUGGAUUAGCAACGUAGCCUCACCUGUUCUUUGCUAUUCAAUUAUCCAGCCUCUGCUGCGAAACCUCGCACCCGAUUCCAGCUUUGCCAGAGCCCUGGUUCUAGGCAUUGCGCUUGCGGCAAACGUUGGUGGUGCAGCGUCACCUAUUGCGUCUCCCCAGAACAUUAUCGCGCUCCAGAACAUGCAUCCAGGCAUUAGCUGGGGGACCUGGUUUUUCAUCUCCCUUCCUGUCUGUAUCAUCUGUAUUUUGAUGAUCUGGGGUCUUUUACUGGCUACUUUCCGCCCUGGUCGUGAUACCACCAUCGUUCCUAUUCGGCCAAUCAAGGAUAAAUUCACCGGGAUCCAGUACUUCAUCAGCUUUGUCACACUUCUGACGAUCGCUUUGUGGUGUGGCAGCCACCAACUCGAGCAUGUCUUCGGCGACAUGGGCGUGAUUGCUAUUAUCCCCAUCGUGCUGUUUUUCGGAACCGGUAUCCUCAACAAGGAGGAUUUCAAUAAUUUUCUCUGGACUAUCAUCAUUCUUGCAGCUGGUGGACUUUGUCUUGGAAAGGCAGUUACAUCAUCUGGGCUUCUGCACACCAUUGCCGAUGGGAUCCGGGAACGCGUCGAACACCUCAGUCUUUAUGGCGUCUUGAUCGUGUUUUCAGCGCUAAUCCUGGUCGUCGCUACGUUUAUUUCGCAUACUGUCGCUGCGCUGAUUAUGCUUCCUCUUGUCCGACAGAUCGGGGUUAGCAUGGAUGAUCCUCACCCUAAUCUGCUGGUGAUGGCCAGCGCAUUGAUGUGCUCAUUCGCGAUGGCUUUGCCUACGAGCGGGUUCCCUAACAUGACUGCCAUUAUGACGGAAGUGCCACAGACUGGCCAGCGGUAUCUGCAAGUGCGACAUUUCUUUACUCGAGGAAUUCCCGCCAGUCUGAUGUCGUUUGCCGUGGUCGUGUCCGUCGGAUACGGGCUGAUGUAUGUUGCCGGGCUUUGAUCAAUUGAGAUGCAAUGGCAUCAUUUAUGCUUAUAUUUACACGGUUGUUACGCUGAGAUAUUAUGGGCUUACGCAAGAGGUAGAGUGGGGGAUAUUUUUUUGUUUGUGAUUUCUUGAUUUCUUGAUUCAUUUUCCGUAGAUAGAGAUACAUAUGCAGUGGUUAGAAUGAAAUGGCACGCUGAUUCAAACAGUACUCUGUAUUGAGAGAUGCAACC